AGUGACUUUUCCAUUUACACCGGUGUUUGUGAUCCUGCAGACAUGUUUCGACCGUUGUUUCCAGCUCUUGUUCCAAAAGCAGUGGAUCCUUUCUGGUUUCCCGUUGAUAAACCUUGCCUCGAUGAAUCUGAAAUAAGUGCACUGGAAGCUGAUUACAACAACUGGGCUCAGAGCGUCGGUGAUAAAGACAAUGCUAUAGUACCAAUAGGGAAAACUGCCCAGGAGCAUUAUGAUGAAGAAGAAGAAGAAGAGGAGGAGGAAGAAGUUGAUGAUGAGAGUGACACUAAUGAUGAUGAACUUGACACAGAUAUGGUUGAUGACAGGGAUUCUGCCGAUGAUUUUGACUUUAGAGGCCGCCGAAACAGUCUCAACCUGUUUUCUGGUUUUGUGUAGAUUUAUUUGGAGCGGAGUUUGAGAGUAAAUACAGCAGUCAUCGAGGGUUGACAUGGAUGCCCAAGUAACUGCUGGGAGCUCUCCCAUGUGGGGAGUCUGAAAAUGUAUUUGUGUGGAAUGGAAUCUCAUUUUUGUGAAAGAAUUUUGCAGAAGUUCUGAUUACUUGCUUGAAACUACUCCACAAGUAUUAUGGAAAAAUAAUUUGAAUGAAUUUAAAAUAUUUUUAAAGUUCCAUUAACCUCUCAGCUCUGAAAUCCUGCUCACCAAUAAUCUAAAUAAUUUUGGUAAAACAUUCAUCAUUUCUCAACACAAAAAAAAAAAGAAGGAAAAAAACUCAAUCCAACUAUAAAAAUAUUUGUUCUAAUUCGUUAAAUGUACAAGUUUAAAUUUUUUUUUUUGAUUAAUUUUUGUUCUCUGCUUGAUUGUUUUACAAAUGUAUCAACUGCUUCCCUACACAAAGUUUGUAAUGUUAAUCUUAUCAAGAACAAAAACCAGUUAUUUAAUGUACUGAAAACCUCACAGUAAGAUCACUGCAGGCUUGUUUUAUAGGGCCUUCAUUUACCUCACCUGGUUGGCCUCUCAGUAAAACUCUCAUUUAUCCCCUGUCUACUAAUAAAACAUACAUUUUUAGACUUCUCUGCAACACUAAGAUAAAACAUAUUGGCACAAGAUAUAUCUUCUUUUCUAUUUCUGGAAAUGCUUGACUAGGUAUUGACUUAAGUUACACAAAAUUUGCAAAGUGGAAUAAAUAUUUUAUUACACUUAACAGAUUUUUUGUGCUUAGUCUUUGUCAGCAUUGGCUAUCGUUAGAGCCCUCAGAUUCGUCUUAUUUCUCAAUGAUUUGGUUUAGUUUGUUUUGAGAUGUAGACCAACAGCCCCCCAUCAUGUUUUUUUUAAACCAGGUAUCAGUUUCAUUCAUGACAAUUUUUCCCCAGACCAGGGAAUCAUGUGCAUAAAAAUAAAAACACAGUAAAGUACAUAAUAUAUAAUUUAGCUAUUGCUUAUGUAAUACAUAUAAAUUACAUAUGUAAUACACAUAUAAUGCAAAAAACACACUGCAGACUACAGUAGUCAUUAAACUAUAAAUGAAAUUAAAAAAUUUAUUUUUAUGGCCUCAGUACUGGUCUGCAGCUCAAAGUUUGGGAACCUCUGAUGUAGACUAUUGGGGAAUUUCAUUGGGGGUGGAUGUUUUCACAUCCCAAGGAAAGUGUCAUCUGUAUCACUUUAUCCUUGUAAUACCAGAAAGAUUCCUCAGUUUGUGUAGGGUUAUUUGGAGUAGAGUUUGAGAGUAGAUAUGGCGGUUGGAACUGGUGAGUGUGGGGUCUCUGGGUCAUAUCUACCAUUAUGUGUAUGAUAUAUACAGAUAUAUACACACAUAUAUAUAUAUAUGCACACAUAUAUAAAAUUAAUGUUUAAUAUUUCAUCAAUCUGAAUGAUGUAAGUUCAGACAAAGCUAUCUCCAGAUCUCCUGAAUAUAUCAACACAUUAUAAGAUUAUAAUAUUCAAAUGCUUUUAUUCACUUUAUUCCUGCCAAGCAUCUCUUAAAAAAUGCAUUGCUAAAUGUCUUUUGGUUUUAACGUGCUUGAAUACUAUAUAUAGGUUGUAUUGGUGUUGUGAAUGCUAAAGUAUGAGCUUAUGUAAUGAUACUCUUUGCAUUCAUUGGUAUAGAUAUACAUGUAUAUAAAUUAUGUAAAUAAUAAUAAUAAUAAUUAAAAAGGAAUUGUAUGAGUUCAAAGCUUGCAAUGAAUGAUAUUUCGCUUCUUACCAAAUAUAGAAUAUUUAAAGCAAACAUUGAGGGAUUUUUUUUUUUAUGUCCCUAGCUUAAGACAUUUCAUCUUCAAAUUUCAACCUUUUCUUUAGUGUAUCCUCAUAUCAUUAUCUUUUUGCUGUCUUCAAACCAAAAACGGUAAAUAUAGAGAACUAGAUUAUUUAAGAGUAUAGUCAAACAGUCAUUUUUUCUGGUUCAGAGACAAAUUCACUUAGAAAUACAUCAAAGAAGUAUAUAUAUAUAUAUAUAUAUAUAUAUAUAUAUAUAUAUAUAUAUAUAUAUAUAUAUAUAUAUAUUUAUCUAUUCAUAAUAGAGUAUUUUGAAGGGGGAAGAACGAAGUGGAAGAUUAUUUUAGAGUCAUGGUUCGUUUUCUUUCUCUUAAUUAAAAUCUGUUCAUGAGGAUGGAAGUUAGAUAAUACAGAACUCUUAUCAUAAAAGAAUAUUUUGUAUAUAAAGAAAGACUCACCUUAUAUUUUCUUAUUUUUCUGUUUUCUUUUUUUCUAAAUAAAAUUUUCAGAAACCUA